UCAGUCUACUUUGAGAUUCUUGGCCAGCAACAACGCGACAUACGACAGUGAAAGCGGCGCGUGCUCCAAAAAAGAAAAGAGGAAGGCUGGGAAAACGCCAGCAGCAAGGAGCUGUGGCUGUGGCUGUGUCUGUGUCUGUGGCUGUAACAGUUUCCACCAAAGUCUAGGAAAACAAGCCCAGGAGGAGGCGCAUUUAAGUGGCAGUUGCUUUUUUGGGCUAAGCUAAGCAAGCGAUUCCGUGUGAUUUCUAUUCAUGUAUUUGUAUGUACCUGGCUCGGACCACUGUGAACACAACCAUGAGCGAGGUCUGGCAAUGAUGAUAGGAUGACGCGUGACGGCGAAAUUCCAGCAAUUUUCAAUCCGAAACGGGUCCGCACACCUGCCGUCGUAGUCACCGGAGACUCAUCGACAAAUGUUCCCUACAGCAGCAGCAGCAACAAUAACAACAACAACAACAACAACAGUGGGACUGGGACUGGGACGGGGACAGGGCCGGGAGCCAGCAGCAGCUCGGCAGGAACAGCAGCAGCAGCAGCAGCAGGGGGAGGAGCUGGAGCUGGAGCGGGCACAGGAGGAGCGACAGGCGGCUGCGGCUUUAGCAAUGUCCUCACAUCGAGCAAUCCGCAAAUAACCCACCAAGACUCGAUCUCAUCGAGCCAGCAGGAUCCCAAUGAGGUAAUCAUUAUACCAGCGGACACCCCCACGGGGGGUUCCGGCGGCCACAAUGCACAACAGCACUUCGGCGGCGACUCGAGUGACACGCAAACCGGACUCGACUCUCAGCAGCAGCAGCCGAAUGGCCACGGGGAGGAGCCGGAGUUGCGCUUCAGAAAACUGCAAGCCUGCAAGCAGUCCUGCUGCUCGGAGCUGGCCCGCAAGAUGUACUUUGGGGUGUGCGUGACCAUCCUGAUGACUGCCUCGUGGGUGGGCGCCACGCACUGCAUCAAGUACAUGUACAAGUACCGGGCGCCCUACGACGACGUGCUGAACGAUGACCAGGACACGUCGUCGAGCCGGGCCGAGCUGAGCGCCGAGCUGGAGGAAAUCAUGGCCAUCAGCGACUCGUCGCUGCAUCACGUCGAGGACGCCACCGAGAUGUUCAAUAUACCACCGCGGCAGCCUGUCUACUUCAGUGCGCCGUUUUUUGCAGCCUGGUUCUUUACCAACUUCUCGCUGCUCUUCUUCCCCAUCUACAUCCUGGGCCUCGUGUCCACGCGCAAGUGCGACAAGCUGAGCGAGGUCCUGGGCGAUGUGCUGAGAGGAUUCCGGGAGCGCGGCUUCACCGUCGGUCGCUUCCUGAAUCGCUGCCUCUCCUUUUGCAUUUUGUGGCUGGUCACCACCUAUCUGUACACGCUCUCCCUGAACGUGCUCUAUGCCACGGAUGCCCUGGCCCUGUUUGCCACCAAUGUGGCCUGCGUCUAUCUGCUCUCUUGGGUGAUCCUGCACGAGCAGUUCGUGGGCGUUCGAAUUGUUGCCAUCAUUCUCUGCGAUACGGGCAUCGCACUGCUCGCCUACAUGGACGGCAUCACGGAGAGUCGUACGCUGAGCGGCGUUGUUCUGGCCACACUUGCCGGCGCUGGCUAUGCCGUGUUCCGGGUUAUGUUCCGCAAGGUGAUGGGCGAUCCGCCUGUGGGCCAAAUCGCGUUCAUUUUCACCGCCCUGGGCUUCCUGAAUGCCCUGCUGCUGUGGCCAGUGGUGCUGGCGCUCUACCUGACUGGCACGGAGAGCCUGACAUCGGAGAGCAUACCCUGGAACCUCCUGUUCGCGGCAAGCCUCCUGCUCUUGGUUUUCCACGUUCUGAUGCAGUUCAGCGCCGCCGUAACGUACAACAUGUUUGUGACAUUGGGUCUGAUUACGGCUGUGCCCGUUUCUGGUGCCCUCGAUGUCAUACUGUACAGUGCUAAUUUUGCGGGCAUGAAGCUGGCCGGGGUCAUACUCAUUGGCAUUGGGUUCUUCCUCGUAAUGUUCCCCGAGAACUGGCCCGACUACAUAACGCGACUGCUGCGAAAGAGCGUUCGAGCCAUACUCCGCUACCAAUGUUGUUGUGAAUUAGCCGAAAUUCGCUAUGCUCAUUCGAAGCAUCAUAAUGCUGGGUCACAACGCGAGAUGGGGUCGCGGCCCUCGGAGCGGUACUUCAAUAGGUCAGCAUCCCACCAUUAUCGACUAUCGGACGGGAUACAUAAGGUCCCAUCUUCGUUCACCCUCUGGCCGUGUGAGAUGACUGAUCUAUCGCCAACAACCAGUGGAUUUCUGCAUGGCAGCGCCAACGCACAGCAUCACCAGCAACUUUUACAGCAGCAGCAGCAACAACAGUCCCAUCAGCAGCACCACCGACAGCACCACCAUCAGCACCUGCAGCGCCAACACUCGCACACCUCGCUCACCAAGAUCCACCGCCAGAGCAGCAGUCACAGUGUCCAUGGCGCUGGUCGGUCGGUGGCUGCCGGCGGGACCACGGGUCGACUAUUCUCCUACUUUGGCAACGAGCACGAGCAUGAGCGAAAGAAGUCCGAGACGUCUUUCUUCAACCUGGGCUUCCGUCGAAAGUCCACGGUGGUCUACUAUGCCCCAACCGAUUAGGGAGACUCUCAGCUCAUGCAUAUCAAGCAGGAAGCACACGACUAGAAAAUACAAUCAUUCAGUGUUUAAGGAUUUAAUAGAUGUUUGCACCUUUAGGAGAUACAACUAUGUCGAUGUCAUAUUAUUGUCGUUGUUGUUGAUGUAAAAGUUUAAUCGGAACACAAUUUUGCUCAAAUAUAACAGUUACAGCUACAUAUACAAGAUACAAGAUACAGUCAAUCCAGAAUCCAGGCAACCAAACCACACCAAGACAAACCACGCCACGCCACGCCACGCCUUCAGGAAUCGAGCACCCGAAAAGAGCUCAAAAGUGCCCCCAAAUGUUAACUAUAAUCGUGAAUGAUUAUUAUUUAAUACUCAUAAUUAUUACGAAAUUGUGUAAGGAAUCGAAGCCAAUUGUUUUUAGCAAUUAUAUACAUACAAACAUACGUUAAUUAUAACUGAAAUUGCAUAGUCAAAUGUUUUAAAGUGGAUCCACGCAAUGGCACACCUUUGCGAAGAAGAGAAACCCAGAUACUUAAGGCAAUUAGUUUAUAGACUUCACCAACAACAAAUUGAGAUUCACUUGGCUAAGGAAAAACCAUUUAAUUGUAAGCUCAUCUAGCCACUAUAUCCAAAAGGUUUUUCGUUUUAGACUCAACUGUGCAUUUUGGAUUGGAUUUUUGUUAGGGUUGAACUGAUUGCGAGUCGAGUCAAAAAACAAAUUAAAGUAUUAGUAUUUUUUAAACGUUUAUGUGUUGUUCGUAAUUAGUAAUUCGAAGUGUUGUAGAGUCGCCCGCAAUGAACCAACGAGGAAACUGUUGUAUGUAUUAACGUGGCCGGCGAUCGUGUGGCCCAGUCUCUACCCCUUUGUUGGGGCCUUCAGAUCUGAGCUGCGUAUAUAUUGUAUUGUACUUUGUUGUGUAGCCACAUCCAAUAAUUGAUUUGUGAUAGUUUUUAAAAAUGUUUGACAACCAACUGCGUACACAUACCCCUACUUUUACCCACCCGCCCACACACAGAGAGGCAAUGGGUGUAGCUGGGAUGUAUUUAGAACACACAAAACUGAACACGAAAUAAAUAGUUGAAA